AUGUACACGGAAUUAUUCACGUUUCGUCCACAUAUCUGGAAAUUAAUAACGGGAGCAACUCUGGUUUUGAUGCUGAUACUCGAUACUACCAAGUUCAAGUUUCUUAAUCACAACUUUGGUACCAUGUUUGCUCUUUGUUGGAACUGGUUGUUCACCUGCUUGUGCUAUACAACUAUUCGUCUCGUUUAUGGCUCUUUCAAGCAAACAUUCUCAAACACUCAGUCACUUAGUUUCAAAAUAUUUUCAAAGGCGUCUACUCGAAUAUUAUUCUACAGCUUGUUCUUUGCUGAAGGAACGUAUGCAGCUCCGCCUCCAAAUAAAGACGAACUGGCUACUACUAAUGACUAUUAUGACAGCGUUUCUCUGAUGUACGUAACGAUCAUGACGGUAUUUCUUGAGAUCUUUUACCGACACAAGAAUCGUUAUGUCGCUUCUGUUGACGACUUUCUCUUUUACGUUUCGGCUAGCGUGUUUACGCUCGUUCAUCUGAUUCGGUACUCAUGUUGGCAUUGGACAAAAUUAUUUGGCAUCCCAUAUUUAGCAAUUUAUAUAACUGCAUUUUUCGCUGUGAAAGGUCCAUCUAUUGGUCUACAUUCAACAGCAGGGCUUUGCAUCUUUCAGCUGGUCUCCUGUCUAUGGCUUGGCGUAUGGUGGUGGUAUCGUAGAGGACACGCAAACGAAACCAUUCCAAGUAUUUUCAUAGUUUCGUUUAACUAUGACGAGACAAAUGCGUUAUUUGCCAAGAUGCUGGUGGCUACUAUGAGUCUUGCUAUAAUCAGACCUUUCUCUUACGUAUACCAGUCAUUUGGGAAUGACAUAAAAAGGCAUCGCGAUCGCGCGCUAGUUUAUCACCAAAUGAAGGACGACAUUAACCUCUUACGCAAAGAUAAGCAACAGCAUGACACUAUAGAAGAUUUAAAAAAUGUACUAGAAAUAUUAACGAAGGAACAUGCUAAAGUCAAUAGUGACGUUAACAAAAUACUUACCAAGCUCUUUGAGGCAUUAGAAGAAGCAAGGGGCGCUGCAGCACAACGAUGA